ACCUUGGGAAGUUUGCAGACCUACAGCCAGUCUCCGCCAACAGGGAGCUCACUUCUUUCAGCUUGUUGGAGGUGUAAGGUCCACUGUCAACAUGUCUGACACAGAGGAAGUUGAACACGUGGAGGAAUAUGAAGAGGAAGAAGCACACCACGAGGAGGUGCAUGCUGAUGAAGAGACCUAUGAAGAGGAAGCCGAAGACGAAGAACACGAUGAAGAGAAACCAAAGUUCAAACCUACUGCCCCUAAGAUCCCUGAGGGGGAGAAGGUGGACUUUGAUGACAUCCAGAAGAAGCGUCAGAACAAGGACCUUAUGGAGCUGCAGGGUCUGAUUGAUGCUCACUUUGAGCACAGGAAGAAGGAAGAGGAGGAGCUUAUUGCCUUGAAGGAGAGAAUUGAGAAGCGCAGAACAGAGAGAGCCGAACAACAGAGAGAAAGAGCUGAGAAGGAUAAAGAGCGCCAGGCGAGACGAGAGGAGGAGAGGCUCAGGAAAGAGGAGGAAGAUCAGAAGAAGAGGGCUGAAGAGGAUGCCAAGAAGAAGAAGGCCCUCACCAACAUGGGCUCUCAGUACAGCAGCUACCUUGCUAAGGCUGAUCAGAAGAGAGGCAAAAAGCAGACCGAGAGAGAAAAGAAGAAGAAGAUCCUGGCAGACAGACGCAAGCCUCUGAACAUUGACCAUCUGAGUGAGGACAAGCUGAGAGAGAAAGCUAAGGAGCUGUGGGACUGGAUGCACUCCCUGGAGUCUGAGAAAUUUGACUUCACGGAGAAGCUGAAGAGACAGAAGUAUGAGGUGGUAACACUACGUAAGAGGGUGGAAGAGCUGAGUAAAUUCAGCAAGAAGGGUGCUGCUGUUCGUCGCAGGAAGUAAGCAGCCCAACCAGCAGCAUUCAAUCCCAGACUGCACCCACCCCACUGCUUGGAGCUUGGACUACUUCAGUAGAGGACACCUGCCUGCCGAAGCAAUCCAGAUUUCAACUAGAACAAUGGCUUGGCAACAGCUCACACUCUUGUCUUACUCUCUGUUUGGUGUUGUGACAGGUCCAGCAGAACCAUUAUUUCUUCUCUUAGAAUAGCUGCCAUUGUACCUUCCCAUCCUGGACUGGCAUGGUUCUCAUUUUUGUAAAUAAAAGCGUAACUGUUCUACAUUACUGUCUGUAGCCCUAUGAUUGUUUGCAUCUCAAUAAAAAAAAAACAGUCAAUCGAAA